AUGCCAGUCGACAAGAUCCGUGUCGAGGGCGACAAACGCAUCAAGUAUGAAUCUGCCCUCUUAAACGGCCGGAAAUACGGCUAUCUCCUCAGUCAACCCCAAUCCGGCAAAUGGCGAGGCACCAUUUUCCUGAUCCAUGGAUUCCCAGAUCUAUCCAUGGGAUGGCGAUACCAAAUCCCCAUGUUGGUUAAUAUGGGGCUCAGAGUCGUAGCUCCAGACUGUCUAGGCUACGGCCGCACAGACGCCCCCGAAGACUACACCAAAUAUGGACAUAAAGCUUGCGCAGAUGAUAUCAAAGCUCUUGCUUCGCAUCUGGGCGAAUCAAAGAUCAUUCUCGGUGGACAUGACUGGUAUGUGAAGUUCAAGCUAUACAAACUACGAUGGAUAUAUACUAAAAUGACAAGGGGUGCUUUUUUGGCCUACCGCGUUGCUCUCUGGUACCCCGAUCUAGUGACUCAUCUCUUCACCGUGUGUGUGCCCUACUCCAGCCCCAAGAAGGAGUACUUGCCGCUAGAAGAGAUGGUGCGCACUAUCAUGCCGAACUACGGUUAUCAGUUGCAAUUUGCGAGUGGGGAGUUGGAGAAGGUUGUCAAGUCCAAGGAGGAGAUCAAGCAGUUUUUGACAGCAUUGUAUGGGGGCAGGACGCCUGAGAAAGAGAUUGGAUUUGAGGCGGAGAAGGGAAUCUUACUUGAUCAUUUGAUGAAGUUGAAGCAUUCGCGGCUGUUGAGUGAGGAAGAAUUGGAGUAUUAUGGCACGGAGUUCUCGAGGAACGGGGUCCGUGGGCCGUUGAACUGGUACCGGACACGAAAGCUCAAUUAUGAGGAUGAGUUGAGUAUUAUCGGUCGGAGGAUUACUGUUCCCACACUUUUCAUCCAGGCUCUUCGAGAUACGGCACUGCCGCCACACCUUGGGAAGGCUAUGGGGAAGCAGAUUCCUGGAUUGAUUCUGAAGCAGAUUGAUACUGCCCAUUGGGCUUUGUGGGAGAGGCCCGAGGAAGUAAAUGCUAUUAUUUCUGCCUGGUUGAAAGGAGUU